UAUCGUGAGGAUUCGAUUACAGAAAAAAGCGAAAGAAAGUUGAUUCACACCUUUCCUUGGUAUAUUGUUCAUCGCUUACCGACCAUCAAAUUUUACAUCAAAUUUCGUCUCAACAUUUCAACAACCUCAAUUUAUUUAUUUGGUUCAGAAUAUUUUCUUUGCUUUUGCUUCUUCAUUCAGUAAAUGGUUUUAACGAGAAGUAAAUCUUUACAAUUGCUUAAACACAAACAAUCAACCUGUCACCAGCCAAUAUUUAAACAACAAACUAAAACUAACUCUAAAAAAUUUCCAAAAACACCGAACAAAUUUCCAUUAAAGCUUUGGGAUAUUGUAGAGUCCAAAGAAAUACAAGCAGUUGAAUGGCGGAAAGAUGGAACAGCUAUUGGUAUUGAUCCAGUUGAAUUUCAGUAUAUUUUGAGAACCAAUCAGUUGGGUUUUAAAACAGUAAUUCUCAAAGCGUUUCUUAGACAACUAAACAUUUAUGGAUUCCGUAAAGUCAAUAGCGAAACAAAUUAUCUUGAAUAUGAACAUCCAUUUUUUCGCAAAAACAAACCAAUUCUUUCAAAAGUUUUAAGAAAUGUAUCUUACAAAAAUGAAUUGGACCAGCCGCAAAUAACUUCGAUUACAUCCUCACAGGAGUCAGGUAUCGAAGUCAAGAAAGAAAACUCGAUUGGUGAAGAAAAUUUAAGCGAAGAUCCGGAAUCGACAACUCCAUAUACUCAAGAUUCUGAGACCUUGACUGAAAAGACCCCGAAUUUAUCGCAAAAGAAAAAUCUAAAUAGUGAUUUUGGUGAAGCUAAAGCAAGCUCUCCGAAAACAGUCCAGAUCGAGGCAUCGAAAGCCCCCGAAUCAGUUUAUGUUCACUAUAACUACUAUGGAAAGACUCGAAAUGGUAAAUUAAAAGAAACGAAGUCCUGCUGGGAUGCAACAUUUGCCGAAGAUUUACCUGCUAAUGCUUAUUUUUUUUGAGCAACACAAUUUAAUCAUUUGAGUGUUCAAUUCCACAUUUCACUUUGAGAUGCUUCACAAAACCCGAAUGCAUUAAUUAAAUAUGCUUUUAACUAUUAAUAAAGAUCAAAUAUUUUG